AUGUCGAUGUAUCUGUCACAAUUGAUGAGUUACAGCUGCUGAGAUCUCUCACCUGAUGCUAAGUUGUUUGCAGAGGGUUGCUCACACAGCACGUGGAUCGGUGAGAAGUCUGCUAAGGACUGGCAACUUUUUCUAGCUUGAAGAAAAUUGAAAUUGGCUGAAAAUGAGUGCAAUAUUGGAAACCUCUGAGCUGCCAGCAGUGUUUGAUGGGGUGAAGCUAGCUGCAGUUGCUGCUGUUCUGUAUGUUAUUGUUCGCUGCCUGAAUUUAAAAAGCCCGACUGCCCCUCCUGAACUCAUUUACCAGGACUCUGCUUUGGCUCGCUUUCUACUCAAAUCCUGCCCACUUUUGACCAAAGAGUACAUUCCACCCCUCAUCUGGGGAAAGAGUGGACAUAUCCAGACAGCUCUUUAUGGAAAAAUGGGGAGAGUGAGAUCACCACAUCCACAUGGACUUCGCAAGUACCUGACGAUGCCAGAUGGAGCAACAGCCACCUUUGAUCUCUUUGAGCCAUGCUCUGAGCACUGCACUGGAGAGGAUGUCACGAUGGUGAUCUGCCCGGGGAUUGCUAACCACAGUGAGAAGCAGUACAUCCGCACCUUUGUUGACUAUGCCCAGAAAAAUGGGUACAGAUGUGCUGUCCUGAAUCACCUGGGAGCCCUGCCAAACAUUGAGCUCACUUCACCACGGAUGUUCACAUAUGGAUGCACCUGGGAAUUUGGUGCCAUGGUGAAUUACAUCAAGAAGACCUACCCUCAGACCCAGCUGAUUGUUGUGGGCUUCAGCCUGGGUGGAAACAUAGUGUGCAAAUACCUGGGAGAGAGCCAGGCCAACCAGGAGCGAGUCCUGUGCUGUGUCAGCUUGUGCCAGGGGUACAGUGCACUGAGGGCACAAGAAACCUUCAUGCAGUGGGACCAUUGUAGAAGAUUUUAUAACUUCCUCAUGGCAGACAACAUGAAGAAGAUCAUCCUUUCUCACAGGCAAGUUCUUUUUGGAGAUAACAACAUGAAGAAGCCACAAAGCCUGUCAGAUGCUGAUCUGGGCAAGCUCUAUACAGCAACAUCACUCAUGCAGAUCGAUGAUAAUGUUAUGAGGAAAUUCCAUGGCUACAGCUCACUGAAGGAGUACUAUGAAGAAGAAAGUUGCCUGCAUUACUUGCACAGGAUCUAUGUUCCUCUUCUGUUGGUUAAUGCUGCUGAUGACCCUCUUGUUCAUGAGAGUCUUCUAUCAAUUCCAAGAGCUCUUUCAGAGAAAAAAGAGAAUGUCAUGCAUGUGCUGCCCCUUCAUGGAGGCCACCUGGGAUUUUUUGAGGGGUCUGUGCUGUUCCCAGAACCUCUUACCUGGAUGGAUAAGCUUGUGGUACAGUAUGCCAAUGCCAUCUGCCAGUGGGAGAAGACAAAGCCUCACUGCUCAGAUGCUGAGCAGGCUGUGUCUGGCCAGGAGUAAUCAACCCAAAGACUCUGGAUCACUUCAGUAUAUCUCUCUGUUUGGGAACAUCUUGUUCCCUCACCUGCUGCUUCAGGUUUCCAUUCUCCUUGAUAUCCUGUGGCUGGGGUUUGAUCACCAUGUGUUUUUCCAAAAUUGAGUUAAAGAAGAGGUUAACAUCUGGUCAGAACCUCUUUGGAUAUCCAGUCAUGCGGAUUUGUAAUUUACUGCUCUGCUUGAAGAAUUGGGUUGCUGUCUGUAGCUUGUUACAGGGCUACUGAGCUAAAGACUGCUUGCUCUAAUAUAGCAGAAGUUUCACAUGUCAAAAUCUCUUUACCUGCUGGUCAAAAAUUUGAUCUGCAGCACUUUAGGUGUAGAUGAUGGGAUGACUGUGGCUCUUUUCUCGUCUGGGUGCUGGAAAAUCCCUGUACGAAGCCACAAGCCAGUGUGUGGUUCAGCCUGUAAGUCACUACAGUGUGGCUUGAAAAAACAGAUGCCUGACUGCAAGUGUAGUGUCAGCUUUGCACCAUCUCAAGGGAAACCUUUUAGCACCUAGGAAUGCACUUGCACAAGUGAAUCACUUUAUUCAACUUCUCCAUGCUUGAGGUGUGAGUGGAUUGGGCUGGCUUUGUGCUGCGUCUCCAAGUAGAGAAAAGCUGCAGCCUGGUAAUGCCAGUUAAUGUUUCUAUGUAAACAUGUUCUCACUUCAGGACCUGAUCAGUCACCUUCUUGUCAUCUUUGCCUCUUUUUAAAUACUGUUCUCUUUUCAGUACUGGAUUCUUUGUUUGACCUGGGUUUUUUUAAAGCUGGCUCUGGCUUUCAAAUGGAAACCCAUGAUUAAGAAUCUGCAGGAUUUCUUCUCAAUUUGCUCAAUUUGCUUGAAAGACUAUUUUAUGGAGAGUUAUUGUACUCUCUUAGGGAUAAAUUGGUGGAGGAGUAGGGUGUAUCUAUUUAGAUUUACUCCCCUUAUGUCAGGGUAAAUAAUACCAAAAUACUUCCUGUUCACUUUCAGAGCAUCAAGUGGGUUUGAGGCACAUGACUUGCCUUACAGUUGAUGUGGAAUUGGUGUCCCCAGCCCUGUGCAACUGAAAUGUCAUCUUUGCAUGGCUGACUACUUCCAGAUCUGUGUAAUGCUGUAGGAUUACUGGCUCCAGUAAGACACUGGGCUCUUUCUCACUAGAAUUUAUUUUCCACAACCAGACAUCCCCUUCUAGUUCUAAUGUGCAAAGUGAAGUGUGAAAGCUGUUUGCAGGAAAGCUGGCUACUCACCUGUGCUUUUCCCUCAAGUGGCAGCUAUGGUCUGUGCCAAGAUAGUUAUUAAAGGAAAGUUGUCCCAUGACAAUCUGGAGACUGAAACUAGUGGUAAAAAUCUUUUUUUUUUUCCUUACUGUUUGUUCUCUCAGUAUUGUAGUGUCAUUAAUCCAUCCAUAGGGUUUCUUUAUCACAGUGUCAGUGAAGUUCUUUUUUCCUGUCAAAACUUCCCUCAUCAGCACUUUAUUGCUUCAGCCUUGGUCUGUGUUCCAGGCACUUUAAUUUAUAGCUUAAGGGUGAAACAAGCUGCAAGUCUUCAGUCUGGUAACAACAAACCUGGGGAACAAGCCUGCUGGACUGCCCUGUCCCUGAACUUCAGUAGGUUGAGUAGGUGGGGUUUCAUUUGAAUAAAGCAAUAAUUAACUAUUGUAGCAAAGAUGCAUUGUCAUAUCAGGAAAUUCCUUUCAUUUGCCUUAGGCCAAACACCUUGGCCUGUGAUCCAUGAUGAACUGUGGAUAUCUGCACAUUUCUCCUAGUCAGUAAAUCUGGGCUUCUUUUUUUUUCUUCAAAGAGAAGAUGAAACUAAGUAAAGCUACAGCAAGAUUUGGCUGUGCUAGUAGCUGUUCCUUAAGAACUAUUUUAGGGCAUCAGUUAGCAAGGAUAUUCUUAGCUGAUGGAUAUCUUGUCUCUGUGUUAUGUUCUUAUUCAUACUGCAUCACUAAAGUAUGUCAUAAAAGACAUUUCGGGGUUUUUUUGCUUAAGUAGUGUUCAUGUAAUAUUCAUUGGGUAUGACUUAAAUAUCUUCUCACUUCAGCAGAAGUGGAGUGUAAACAACACAUGUACACAUCAAGUAGAUACAGUAUAAAUUUAGGUGUCUAAGUCUCCCAAAAUGAGGUGAGCAACUGGACAGUUAUCAAAGCAGGAGGAGCUGUAGCUUUGUCUAAUCAAGUAGAGAUUUUUCUUUAAACUUGGAGAGCCUUUCUGAGAAGUACUCCUUCCUACCCCACAAACCCAAGCCUUCAUACUUCAGCAGUGCCAAUGCUGUGGACUUUCUGAAACUCUCCACUAAAGAAGUACCGUGAAUCUCUGUCUUGCUCCUUUGCCCUGGUUUUGAUCUUGAAUUUGAAACUGUUCCAAUCACUUGUGACUUGACUGAGUCUGGUUUAUCUGGGGAAGGACAGCUUUCGUUGUGGCUUUUUUGUGCAAGGUUUCUGGAGCUUGAGGUUCAGCUUAUUAAGCCUGUAGGUGGAAGCAGUGUAAAAAAAAAAAAACAACAAAAAAAAAACUGUUAUCUCCAUCUCAACAAAUGUGAUGCUUCUUUGCUUCUUUCAAAGCAAGACUUGUAGUCAGACUUGCAGCAGUCACUUAGAGGUCUUGGGGAACUAGGAGAGAAUUAAGCUGCAGUUCAUGUUAUCUAAAUUAUGUAUUAAAUCUUGCUACUGACAAUGAUGUAUAAUUGAUACCUAGUGAUACAUGUGGCUUUGUACAGUCCUAAUCUGAAAUACUCUUCUCUCCCAAAAGAAGGCAAUACUAUUCUUGUUAUGUGGCUAGGUGGUCUUUAUUUGCCCAGUGAACCCAGCCUUAAAUGCAGUCUGAAUUUUUCAGUCUUAGAGGUGAAGUCUUUCAUCUCUUGUCAAAACACAUGAGGCUGCUGAAGUGUGCACUUGUAGAUCAUUGCAGUGUGGUCUGAUAGAGCAGUUCAUGAUUACAGCAUGGUGAAUCUGACAUGUGCCCUGCUUAGUUUCAAACUGGGAUUAGAAAAAUCGUUAGGAGAGCUCUUCCAUGGGUGGUCUCAUGGUAAGCACACCUUCCCCAUCACUGAAUGUAAGUAGCACUUGAACAUGAACCCUGAGGACCCUCUCAAUCAGACAGCAAGUUGCAGAACAAUUACUCUUUGAUGGUUAGGCUGGUCCAACCAUCACCUUUGCCAUUUUUCUGGAGAUAUCUGAAGAUGAUAAAUAAGCAGCUCAGACUUGCUCUGACUGAACACAAGGAACUUCAGCUUCCACUACAAGAGCUCUGCCAGCAUUUUUCACUGUCCCUUUGUUCUAAAUCAAGGUGUUUUCAGGUGAGUCUGGCAGUGUUGUAGUUGCACUGUAAAGGCAAACAGUGAACUUCCCUGCAAUCCUUUUCCUGAGUGUUUUUCUGCAGUUCCUGUUUAUGAAGAUAUGAGUUAGAAAGACAGGGCAUUAAGUAAAAAUGUUGGGAACUAUUAACUCCAGUACUGAAUUUAGCCAAGCUACCUGUGUGUCAUCUGUCCUGGGUCUGUCACAAGUUCCUAGACCACAGCCCUUUGACACGUGGUGCCUUGCCCUUUUCCUCCUCCUCCCUUGACAUCAGCAUAUCUAGAGACUUCAGUAACAGCUCUGUCAGAGCUUUUGGGGCUUUGCUUUUUGGUAAAUGAAUUUUCAGACACUAUUACUGAGACACACCAGUGAUGCACACAGCACAACUGAGUGCUGACUUCAAGGACCUUUAUGGGCAGCCUACAACUGGCUACAGUCAGUUUCAAGGCUGAAAAUAACAAUGUAUAUAAGCAGUGGAUCACUUUCAGGUCUCUGUUCCUUUAGCGGUAGGAAUUGAGUCAUAGAAGCAGGGUUUGCUUUGUUUAAUAUGGGACUUGUUAUCUUGCAAACCCAAAGUUUUUGUCUAUUAACACUCUAGCAGCACAGCUGGAGGUAAAUUGCUCAAGUGGCUAUAUCUCAAAGGAAAGAGCAGAGAGUACCAUCUUCAGGACGUAAUUGCCAGUUUAGUCACCUGGAUUGCUUCCAAGUUUUUCUGGAAGUACUAUGCUUGUCUAAAGCUUAAUGAAAUCCUUCAGGGUUUUUUUUUUUGUUUUGUUUUUUUUUUGUUUUUUUUUUUUUUUGUGAGACCAGAGAAGGCCUAAGCCUUGUGCUGCCUGUGUAAGUCAUUGUAAAGAACAUCUCGUUUCUGGCUUGAGUCAUAAUCCAUGUGUCCGUAUCCCUGAUGUGGGUUGGUUCAUUUGGGAAGGUGCUGGAGCCACAGUGACUCAAAGCAGUGUCUCUUCCAUGGCUUCUAGGUGAAAAGCAAACAGCCCUUCUUGACUUUAUGAUUUUUCUCCAAGCUUAGAAUGCCUCAGAGCAGCACCAGCCCAAGGGAGGGUGCCCUGUUUCUGUACCCUCUUCUCACUGGCAGUGGGAGUGACACUGGCUGGGCUUCCUCAGCUGUCAGGGGAGCUUAGGCACAAGUGCCACCAAUGAGUCAGAGCAGUUGCCAGCUUCCUAUGCUCUGCUGGGAAGGUCUCUGGAGUUAUGCUGAACAUCUGUACAAGGUGGCACAAAGCCCCUUUGCUCUGGUCUGACUGACCAGCUUCCAUUGGAAUCCAAGUUCUUGCAUGACCAGAGAGGAGAUAUGGGAUUUUCUUCUUGGAUCUCCACUAUAGUUCUGCUGGGAUAUUGACCCAUCUCAUGGUCCCUGCCAACUGGAAAGUCUUUAAAAAAAGCCAAAUAAAAUCCAUUUGUAUUUGUUAUAACCAAAUCCUACUGCUUUGCCCAAGUCAACAACUUUCCAAAGGGGCAUAUUGUGUCAUUGCUACAUGAUAGCUUGACUGUAAUUCCUAGUGACAGAUCUCUAAUCAUUCUUCUUGAGAAAGCAUAACCUCUUUCUCUGAAAGUUCCUAGACAAAAAGGUGUGUAAAGAGCUUGGGGAGAGGAGACCUGUGCCCUUGUUUUUCUCAUGCAGCUGUGUUAGAACAGGCAGAGCGAUUUCCAGUGUUCUCGGUGAGCAGUUGACUAUGAAAAUAUUUUCAAUUUGGCAAAAUUAUAUUCUGUAACUAUCUCUAAAUGCUGCCCUAAAGAAGCCUGUAUAUUGAGACACCCUCCCUGCUGCCAUGUUCUGAGUCAGAUUCUCUGGAGCUGAGAGCUGCAGGGGAGAUGAUUUGCAACUAGCAAUGCAAUUUUUCUAUAUCUGCUGAUGUUUACCUUUAAAAUUAUAUAUAAAUAUAUAUAAAACUGUCUUUGAUUUUUUCUUUAAUUUUUGUUCUUGUGUGGUGUAAAAUGGAAGUCAUUGCAAAACAAAAUGUAAUUUUGUUAUCUUUGAUUCAGUGGGGUUUCUUUAUUUAAAAAUAAAGGACUUAUUGAAGUCAGUGCUACAGCUAG